AUGGCAAGCAACACUCCAGACAUCAGUAGCGUGUCCACCAACAGCCAUUCGCAGGCCGCAGUGGGUACCUUCCACACACCGGUGUAUUUUGGACGCGCCUUUCAACGCCAGCGACAACACGACCCGAGCUGCCUUCCCGAUACCCGCGUAGACCUCCUGCAAGGGAUAUACAACUGGGCUGAUGGCCGAGACGAGCGCUGCAUCUUCUGGUUGAACGGUUUAGCCGGCACGGGAAAGUCGACGAUUGCGCGCACUGUAGCGCGCACAUAUGACCAGAAGCGUCUCGGAGCUAGCUUCUUCUUCUCGCGCGGCGGUGCAGAUGUUGGCCAUGCAGGCAAAUUCAUCCCGAGCAUUACGUUGCAGCUGGCGAGCAGUAUCCCCUCCCUCGACCAACAUAUAUACGAUGCUCUCACAGAGCGCCGCGACAUUAUGAGCCAGUCUCUCCGCGACCAGUGGCAGCAGCUCGUUAUUCGUCCGCUAUUAAAGUUGGGCAGAGUCAGUUGCCAAUCCUCCUCGAUUGUUAAAGACGAUUCCAUUACGAGUCUUCUAACGAGCCGACCUGUGAUUCCAAUUCGAUAUGGAUUCGGCCAAAUACCCGAUGUCGAACAUAUGGAUUUUGUACUUCACAAUAUAUCAUCAUCGAUUGUCGAUCAUGAUAUCCGUACUUUCUUGCGGCACGAGCUUGAACUCAUUGCGGCUAGACAUCACCUCGGCGCUGGUUGGCCUGGGGACCAUAUCGUCGAGCAACUCGUCCAUAGUGCACAUGAGCUAUUCAUUUGGGCUGCAACCGCAUGUCGCUUUAACCAUGAAGGCAGAAGCUUUGCUGCGGAUCGCCUGUCCAUAAUCCUCAAGGCUAACUCCGUAGUUGACUCUGUGGACGGAUUUUCUUCAGACGACUGCGACAGAUGA